AUGGAUACUUCCAUUGAACAAUCACUUAUUACACUUACUACUAAUCCACCUAUUCAUAAUAGUGUCGGGAUUGACUCGCGUGAUGUUGGUACCCCAGAUAAUUGGAUUCCUCGUCAUCCUGAAAUGAUAAGGUUAACAGGAAAACAUCCUUUUAAUGCGGAAGCGCCAUUAUCCCUCUUGAUGGAACAAGGGUUUAUCACACCAAACUCCUUACACUAUGUGAGAAAUCAUGGACCUGUACCGAAACUUAAAUGGGAAACACAUCGUUUAACUGUUGAUGGACUCGUGUCAAAACCCUUAACAUUAUCAAUGGAUAAUAUUGAGAGCCUUCCUUAUAAAGAGUUUCCCGUGACCCUUUGCUGUGCCGGAAACAGAAGAAAAGAACAAAACAUGAUAAAACAAACGAAAGGGUUUAAUUGGGGAGCAGCAGCUACAAGUUGUGCGAUUUGGAAAGGAGUCCCGUUAAGUCAUAUUUUAAAAUUAGCAGGUGUCGAAGACGGAACCCAUAAUAAGCCUCGCUAUGUGUGCUUUGCCGGUUGUGAUAAAUUACCAAACGGCUAUUAUGGUACAAGUAUUCCUUUGGAAUGGGCGAUGAACGAUGCUAAUGAUGUCAUCUUGGCAUACGGGAUGAAUGGAGAAAGGUUACCACCCGAUCAUGGUUAUCCAUUACGUGCUCUAAUUCCAGGAUGUAUCGGUGGGCGUAUGGUUAAAUGGCUUUCAAGUAUCACAGUAUCCGACAAAGAAUCAGACAGUUAUUAUCAUUAUUAUGAUAACCGUGUUCUUCCUCCAGAGUAUGAUAUGGAACGAGCAACUAAAGAAAAAAUUUGGUAUAACCCAGAUUAUAUUAUCAACAAACUUAAUAUUAACUCAGCUAUAACAACGCCAGCACACAAUGAACAGAUUUCAUUGUCAAGUUUUGUUAGUACAAAAGAAUACACAAUCAAGGGAUAUGCAUAUACCGGAGGUGGUCAUAAGGUUACUCGUGUUGAAAUUUCUUUAGAUGGUGGCAAAAAAUGGCUUCUUGCAAAUUUGACACAACCAGAACUUGAACAUCCAGCAGUUCUAAAUAGAGGAAUAAAUCCUAUUCCACGAUUUUGGUGUUGGAGUUUUUGGUCAAUAUCUGUCCCACUUUAUUCAUUUAUUCGAUGUGAAGAAAUUGCAGUGAGAGCUUGGGAUGCCUCUCAUAAUACACAACCACAAGAACCAACUUGGAAUGUAAUGGGAAUGAUGAAUAAUUGUCAUUUUCGCGUAAAAGUCAAUACAGUUAGUCAAGGAAAAGAAUUCUUUUUAGCAUUUCAACAUCCAACUCAACCUGGUAAUAAUCCCGGCGGUUGGAUGGUUAAACCCGAACCAUUACCACUAAAAACGGCAAUGGUGACUGGACUAUCAACCACUAAUAACAAAAAAUAUUCUAUUAAUCAAGUGGAAAAACAUAAUGCCGAAGGAGAUUGUUGGAUUAUUAUAGAUAAAAAAGUCUAUGAUUGUACUAAAUUCCUGAAAGUACAUCCUGGUGGUAUUGAUGCAAUUCUUAUCAAUGCGGGAAAAGAUGUUACGGAUGAGUUCAAUGCCAUUCAUUCAAACAGAGCAAGAUCUAAGUUGACCAAUUUCUAUAUCGGUGAUUUAUCGGAAAUACCACAAGCAAAAAUAUAA